UACUCUGGCAAACCUCUUCACACAGACAGACGCUUGGCAAAAAAACUGUGUCACUUGGAAACGGAGGGAAGGUGUCGACUUCUGUGUGAUCUACAUACAGCAUUUUCUUUUCUUUCUCAUAGCUUAAUUGAAGCAAAUCUCAACAACAUAAACCCGCCGCCUGCUCAGGUGUUAAAGAACAGUCAGCCAUGUCGUCGACAGUGCUCUUCAAUCUGCUGCGUUGUGGUCGCUGCUCCAUCGCCAGGCAGACCUUCCUCACCGCUCGCUCCUCGCCAGAAACCUCCACAGCAUCCGGACAGGUGGGCGGGGCACUGUUCGGGGUGGUGGGCGCGCGACAGGCCAGCAGGUCGGUCAGCAUCGACAGCAACGGCAGCAGCCUGCCGGUCACCUGGGACUCAUUUGGUAUCUGGGACAACAGGAUAGAAGAACCGAUACUGCUGCCCUCCAGUAUCAAAUAUGGGAAACCCAUUCCACAGGUUAGUCUGUCCCGAGUCGGCUGUGCGUCCAUUUUGGGUCUGAGGAAGCAGAACGAGGACCGCCUCCGCGUCGCUCGUAUCCAUGACAACCUGCUUUACUUUGCCGUAUUCGACGGCCACGCCGGGCCGCACGCUGCAGACUACUGCUACACCUUUAUGGAGAAGUUUAUCAGAGAUGCUUUGGAGGAGGAGGACGAUCUGGAGAAAGUUUUAAAGAAAGCCUUUUUAGACACAGACAAGGCUCUGCACAUACACCUCAGCUACUUCAACAAUGCCUCCUUCCUGACUGCCGGCACCACGGCGACGGUUGCUUUGCUACGUGACGGGGUGGAGCUGGUGGUGGCGAGUGCUGGUGACAGCCGGGCGAUGCUGUGCAGGAGGGGACAAGCCAGCAAGCUCACCAAAGAUCACACACCUGACCGCGAGGACGAGAGACAAAGGAUCCAGAGGUUUGGCGGCUUUGUGACGUGGAACAGCGUUGGUCAGGCUAACGUUAACGGACGGCUCGCCAUGACACGCAGCAUCGGAGACUUCCAUCUGAAAAGCAGCGGCGUCAUCGCUGAGCCAGACACAAAACGGGUCACUGUCCAUCACGCCAACGACUCCUUCCUGGCUCUGACCACCGAUGGCAUCAAUUUCCUGCUCAGUGACCAGGAGAUCUGUGAUGUCAUCAGCCAGUGCCAAGACCCCACAGAGGCUGCUGAUGUCAUCACUCAGCAGGCGCUGCAGUACGGGUCGGAGGACAACUCCACCAUCAUCGUGGUUCCUUUAGGAGCCUGGGGAAAACACCAGAGCUCCGUCUCCGGCUACAGCAUGAGCAGGAACUUCAGUUCAAGCGGGAGAUGGGCGUAGAAGACAAGAAACAAACAUCUGCAACGGUCGACACAAGAACUUGAAGGACACAAACAUUUUUCUUCUUUUUCAAACCCAAACAUAUCUGCAAACCACCCGUCAGCCCCGAGUCUCAGGCCGAGACCCAUCACAGAAUCCACAGUAGUGCUGGCUUUAGUCUGACUGUAAUUUCUCAGUUGAGUAGUCAGCAAUGUACAUAGAGUGUAUAUUAAUAUAUUGUACAUACAGAGAGGUGUGCAGCAGUGUGUGUGUGUCAGUGUCGAGUUUGUAAUUGUUGACUUGUUGUUGUCAGGAGGUUAGAAACGUAGUCUUGUCUCAGGAUGAGCUCAGUGUGGAUGUGAGUAUUUCCUGGAGGGGUUAAAAGAAUUACAGAGAUCCAACAAACUAAUGACGUCAUGUUAUCAUUAAAAUUACAACUCACAGUGGUGUUUUUGCACCUGCUAGAAUAUAAAUAAGCAACGAUUAAUUUUCUUAUCUUCUUCUGUCAGAGACAUGAAUGAAUUGUCCCCUGGUAUGAACCACUUUGUCCAACAUUUAAAGCUCGAAUGGAGUCUGAAGUCUGUCCGUCUGAAGGGAAACACCAAAGAUGACAAAAAAACACUUCAUAAAGAAAUAAAAGACUGAAGAAAACCUGC